GUUUGUAGGGUCACAUGACAUGAAAUGAGUGCCUAAAUCACUAACUCAAAAUGCAUCAUCGGAAUUGGAAUGGAUUAUCACAAAUCAAUUCCUCUGUCUUUACUUGUUUGACUUCCUUCCUUUUCCAUAUAAUUCCAUCUUUUUCAGUUUCUCACUAAUUUAUAACCUUUUUCAUCUCCUCAUGCCACUCUUCGUUUGUACUAUAUGCGAAUCCCCUCUUCCUCAAUCUUCUGCUUUUGCUUCAAUCAUGUCUCUCUCCAUUUGUUUUUCCCAUUCUCCAUUCUCACUCCAGGCUAUGAAACCUUGUGGUUCUGUUGGGAAGGGGCCAAGUUUUCCUUUCCCUACCCGAAGUAAUGGUGUCGACCCUUGUAGCAGACACAUUGUGAGAAGUAAAGUCAACUUAAGUGGAGAUUGGAGUUUCAUAGGAGGAUCCAGAAUUACCAUGAAGCCGAAAGCCAAGACAUUGCUUCAUUAUCCAAAAAGAAGUCGAAUGCAGGCUUCGUGCUUCCUAGGAUCAGAACUUGCUAGCACUGCUUUUACAGUAGGAACAGUAGCAGUUCUCCCAUUUUACACACUUAUGGUUCUAGCCCCAAAUUCUGAACUAACCAAGAAGUCUAUGGAAAGUAGUAUACCGUAUAUAGUGCUUGGCGUUCUGUAUGCAUAUUUAUUAUACCUUUCUUGGACUCCUGAGUCAAUUCGAUAUAUGUUUGCAAGUAAAUACUUGCUACCAGAGCUGUCUGGUAUAGCAAAAAUGUUCUCUAGUGAGAUGACUUUAGCCUCUGCCUGGAUCCAUCUGUUGGUUGUUGAUCUUUUUGCUGCAAGGCAUGUUUUCCAAGAUGGAAUAAAGAAUCAGAUUGAAACUCGGCAUCCUGUUUCUUUUUGCUUAUUCUUUUGCCCCAUUGGGAUUCUUACUCAUUUCAUCACCAAAUCCAUGACCAAAACCGACACAAAAGAGGGUCAUGUUUGAGGCAAACUAGGAUUUCUUUCCAAGCAUUGAGAAUUUGAGGAAAGCAUGUUUAAGUUGAAGUUACUUAGAAAGUUUCAAGGGUACUGUAUAUCUGUCACAAGGUGCCCAAAGGGCGUUGUAAUGAGAGACAAUUGAAAUUUAUGAAAAAAAAAAUAAGGGGCAACUCAAUUUCAUUCAAAAGCUAUAAAAAAGUUAUGAAACUGUAUUUUUUUAA